ACAGGAGAUAUAUCUUCAACUGGAUGCAUUUUGGAACAGGAACAGCAGCUCAAGUCGUGGCUGUUGUCACCAUCUUCCUCGGGAUCCAUCAGCAAGCUCUGUUCCUGCCUGCUCCGUGGUCCACAGGGGUCCUGGCAGCCAUUGUGGUGUGGUUUGUGCUGGCUGAUUUGGUUCUGGAAGUCCAUCGAAGGGGAUUUUUACCUAUAGGUAAAUAUUUAAAAAAUGUCAAAAUCUACACUGAACAUAUUAAUUCUGAUGACAAAGAGGAGAUUGUGUUUGUUCCUGAUGAGAAUGAGACUUAUAGUGUGGAAUCUUGUUUUAAAAACAUAGUUCUGGCUAUUUAUCUUUGUGGAAAUCUGGGAUUUCUAACUGUUCUCCUUUGGACCAUCAGUGCAGUAUGACACACUCUCAGCAGUCGUUUACACAUUUAGUCUUUGGGACUUUCACUAAUCAUGCUUAUUUUAAAACAAGCCAAAGAAAUAUAGAGUAGGACUGAAUUACGACAGGCAACCUGUCAAUUUACGUUGAUUAUUAGAAUGAAAUUGUCUGAUUUGAAAUCAAAUGUCUUGUCUACUGGGGUAUAAAUCAAUUUAGUAUAUUUUUAGCACUUAUAAUUUAUUUUUGAAAUAUAUAUAUGUACAAUAUUGCUUGCCUAUACUUUUUUUUUGUCGUAAAGAACAACUUCUGCUUGUUAUUUAAAUAUCUCUUCCUGAUUCGCUUUUUUAAGUCUUUGAAUCUAAAGAACAUAUUU